AUGUCACGAAACGGCUAUGCGAGGAGAAAGACAGCAGAAGAGUGGUCGAAGCGCCUGGAGGACAUGUUAUGUGACAAGGAUAGUAUAACGUAUACGCUCCAUGACCUUUUCGAAGAGAUCGACAAGCGAGUUGCCCCAGUUUGGGGCAGCAACGACCGCAGUAUUGUGUGGCAAGUAUACUUUGUCGCGGCUCUCAGAAAGCUUAUUAAGCGCAUGAACUCACCAGUAAAAGCCGCCGCAACCCCCAAUGGCAAAAAUGAGGCUAGCAAGCCCGUCGAUACUUCUACCACCGACACGACCUUCAAAGUCGACACCGAAGGCGACUACAAAGCCCGCAUCGUUGAAGAUUGCACUACCAAGAUCUUUGAGUUCACGUUGAACGGUCCGGCGACCGUCAUGGUCCAGAUUACAACUACUGAGACUGCUGCCGCCCGCAGUGCCGCUCAGCUGGGUGCCCUUUCCAUUCGGAAGAAAUAA